GGUGGCCGCCGUCGCGACGGCCUCUAUUAUAAAAUAGCUCUACUCUCACAUUGAAUUUGUCAUUCGGCGACAAUUUCUAAGCAUUCAAAGACAUUUAAGGCGUACCGUGCCUGCCGCGUCAGCUUAACAGUCACAUUCACAGUCACAAAUUCAGAGCCUUUAACGUUAGUUGACUUGCACUCCUUGCCGCAACAGUUCAACUUAAAAAGUGUGCGCGCUUUAAAAAAAAAUAAAUAAAUAAACCUGAAUAUUUAAAUAAAAACCUUGAAUCCUUUCUCAAAAUUUAAAAAAAUGCCUUUCGCAAGUGAACAAAUACAAUCGGUGGCCAGCCAGCAGCUGUCCAAAUCGGACACAAUCAAGCUGCGUAACAAACACAUCGGUCAAGCCUGUCAACUCUUCUAUCGCUCCGAUCCGUUGAAGAUCGUUCGCGGAAAGGGUCAAUAUAUGUUCGAUGAGGAGGGCACACGCUAUCUGGACUGCAUUAACAACGUGGCACAUGUUGGCCACUGCCAUCCGGAGGUGGUGCGAGCUGGUGCUCUGCAGAUGGCGACCAUCUCGACGAACAAUCGAUUCCUGCACGAUGAGCUGGUGCAGUGCGCCCGGACGCUGACCAGCAAGAUGCCGGCACCGCUCUCUGUUUGCUUCUUUGUCAACUCCGGCUCAGAGGCCAACGAUUUGGCCCUGCGCCUCGCUCGCAACUACACCAAGCGCAAGGAUGUCAUCACACUCGACCACGCUUAUCACGGUCAUCUGCAGGCCGUGAUGGAGAUCUCGCCGUACAAGUUCAAUCAGCCCGGUGGCGAGCAGAAGCCCGACUAUGUCCACGUCGCACCCUGCCCGGACAUCUAUGGCGGCCAGUUUACCGAUAAGUUGUAUCCGAAUGCCGAUCUUGGCGCCCUCUACGCCCAGCCCAUUGCGGACAUCUGCCAGCGUCAACUGGCAAAGGGACACGGCAUCGCUGCCUUCAUCGCGGAGAGCCUGCAGAGCUGCGGCGGUCAGAUCUUGCCACCCGCUGGCUACUUCCAGGCUGCCUACGAUGCAGUUCACAGCACUGGCGGCCUCUGCAUUGCCGAUGAGGUGCAGGUGGGAUUUGGACGUGUUGGCAGUCACUAUUGGGCAUUCGAGACGCAGCACGUUGUACCGGACAUAGUGGCCGUGGCCAAGCCAAUGGGCAAUGGUCAUCCGGUGGGCGCUGUGGUGACCACACCGGAAAUCGCACAAGCCUUCUGUGACACGGGCGUUGCCUAUUUCAAUACGUAUGGCGGCAAUCCGGUGUCCUGUGCCAUUGCCAAUGCAGUGAUGCGCGUCAUCGACGAGGAGGGUCUGCAGCAGAAUGCCCAACAGCUGGGCGAUUAUCUGAUGAGUGAGUGCAGCCAGCUGAAGCAGGAGUUCGAUUCCGUUGGCGAUGUGCGCGGCAUGGGCCUGUUUGUGGGCAUUGAGCUCGUUGUCGAUCGCGAGUCACGUACCCCCGAUACCAAGUCAGCCCGAUGGGUGGUCAAUCGGAUGAAGCAGAUGCACAAGGUGCUCGUCUCCAGCGAUGGGCCCAACGACAAUGUCAUCAAGCUAAAGCCGCCCAUGUGCUUUAGCCAUGAGAAUGCCGAUGAGUUUUUGCUAGCGUUUCGCGAGUGCCUCACCAGCCUCAUGCAGGAUCAAUUGCAGGCAGCAGCAACGGUGGCGACAUCAUCGAGCCUUGCCACAAACGGUGCCACCGCAGCCGAAACGUUGGCGAACAAGACGAAAAUGUUCGAGCGGCAGGAUCGCCUCAUCAAGUCUGUCUGAGUGCGGCAUCCCGCGGCAUCCCUAACACUGGGCAUGUCCUAGUUUUUAGUUAACACCCACACCCACACACAAACACAAACGCACAACAUUUAAAUAUUUAAAUUUACCUAAGUUAAUUCAUAUAUUUUUUUUUGUUUUUUUUUUUUUUUUAUUUACCAGCUGGCUUCAGUUUUUAGCCAGCUAUUAAGCAAUAUAUAUUUGAUUAGCUCUACUUCUAGUAUCUAGAAAUGUAGAAAUUAUGCACACCAAAUAUUAUAAUUUUUUUAUAUUUGUGUGUGUGUGUGUGUAUUUUUUUUACAGAAAACCCAAAUAUAUACAUAUAUACAUGAAUACAUACAUUUACAACCAUUUUUUACUGUAUGCGUCGUAUACAAAAAGAAAAGGUUUUAUUCUUCACAUUUUCCUGCGUUUCAAUGAAUUGUUUUGAAAAUCAUCUUUCAGUUUCACCACACCAAGUACAAAGUACACUUUACCUUAAACAAUAAGUACAAUAAUAUAAUAGAUAAAAGCCAAGAGAAAAACAAUCAAAUUGUUGUUGCCUGUUUUAGAUGUAUAACCAACUAUUUAAUAUACAAAUGUGUUUCUAUCAUCAAUAGCAGUGAUCCAAAAUAAUGUUCACACAUAAUACAAAUAAUUAGAAACUUAAUUUAAGUGCUUUGUUUGAGUUUGUUGAGCUUACCAAUAAAAAUCCAGAUAUUUCCAUAUA